GCACAAUAGCGCGCUGGUGCACCUCCAUGCGCACACAUUCGCCGAGCGGAGUCUAAACUCGGUCAGGUCUGGCUUUAGUCAAUUUUCCGCCUUUAAGACGUCGUUUUGAGGAAUCUACGUUCUGGGAAAUACUCGCAGCUUCCCGUUUCCACACAAGGGAGUGAGAGAGAUACUGUUUUUUCUUUCUUCAAAUGGGAGUUACAUGCGCGCUUGAAACUUUGGCUCACUUUUCUAAUCAGUGACUGUCGUUUCGCUCGAAACAUGCCGGAGCGGCUGAGCAUUUCGGACUUUGUGGUCCUGACAAACGAGGAUCUGUCUUCCUCGGGGACUUCCAGCUUCCAGUCCAAAAUGAGUGACUGUCGGAACACGGUUUCAAACGUGGAAGAGUCUAUGGAGAUGGACCACACAACUCUGCAGAGGAUGAAGAAGAUGAUCAAAGCUAUACACACCUCUGGACUCUCACAUGUGGACAACAAGGAGCAGUAUAUCGAGGUGCUGGAGAACCUGGGGAACAGCCACCUGACCCAGGACAACAACGAAGUCUCCACAGGCUUCCUGAACUUGGCAGUGUUCACCAGAGAGGUCACUGCCCUCUUCAAGAAUCUGGUGCAAAACCUCAACAACAUCAUGGCAUUUCCUCUGGAAAAUGUGCUGAAGACAGAACUGCGGGACACCAGACUAGAGCUCAAGAAAAAUAUGGAGAAGAGUUGGAAGGAUUACGACGUGAAAAUCGGGAAGCUUGAGAAGGAGAGGAAGGAGAAGACCAGGCAGCUGGGUCUGAUCAGGACUGAGGGAUCAGAUGGAGGGGAGGACAUGGAGAGAGAGAGGAGGAUCUUCCAGCUGCAGAUGUGUGAGUACCUUUUGAAGAUGCAGGAGCUGAAGGUGCGUCAGGGCCCUGAUCUUCUCCAGAGCCUCAUUAAAUAUUUCCAAGCCCAGCUCAGUUUCUUCCAGGAUGGGCUGAAAGCUGCAGAGAAUCUUGCUCCCUUCAUCGAGAAGCUUGCUUCUUCCAUUCACACGGUGCGCGUGGACCAGGACGAGGAAGUAAAACAGCUCACUCAGUUAAGGGAUUCUCUCAGAUUACUUCUGCAAGUGGAGGGGAAAGAGGAGUACCUGAACAGGAAAAACUCUGGCAACGGGUACAGCAUCCACCAGCCACAAGGAAACAAGAAGUAUGGGACGGAGAAAUCUGGCUUCCUGCUCAAGAAAAGUGAUGGGAUCAGGAAAGUUUGGCAGAAGAGAAAGUGUGGAGUCAAAUUUGGCUGCCUGACCAUUUCCCACAGUACGAUCAAUCGACCUCCAGCCAAGCUGAACCUUCUGACCUGUCAGGUGCGACCGAACCCAGAGGACAGGAGAACCUUUGACCUGGUCACUCAUAACCGGACGUAUCAUUUCCAAGCUGAAGAUGAGCAGGAAUGUUUGAUUUGGGUGUCAGUGCUGCAGAACAGUAAAGAGGAGGCCUUGAACACAGCUUUGGGAGGAGAUCAGCUUCACCUCCAGGACAGCGGGCUCCAGGAACUAUCCCGUGCCAUUAUCGCUGAGCUUCGACACAUGCCCGGCAAUGAGGCCUGUGCAGACUGUGGAGCUCCAGAUCCAACGUGGCUGUCCACCAAUCUGGGCAUCCUGACCUGCAUCGAGUGCUCUGGUAUCCACAGAGAACUGGGAGUCCACUACUCCAGGAUUCAGUCUCUUACUCUGGACCUGCUGAGCACCUCUGAACUACUGUUGGCUGUCAGUAUUGGAAACACCAGAUUCAAUGACAUCAUGGAGGCAGGCCUGCCGAAUGACUCUGUCAAACCGUUGCCACAAAGUGACAUGAAUGCCAGGAAGGAGUACAUUGUGGCAAAAUACGCUGAACGUCGGUACGUCCUUCGUAGAGAAGAAGCGAAUCCAGGCCGGCUGUAUGACGCCGUGAGGAGCCGCGACAUCACUUCCCUUCUGCAGCUCUAUGCCGAGGGAGCAGACCUGACCAGACCGGUCACACUCCCCGAAGGACAGGGGAUCAAAGAGACGGCUCUUCAUCUUGCAGUGCGUCUGGAGGAAAGAAGCUCCCUGGCGCUGGUGGAUUUCCUCUGUCAGAACAGCAACUGUCUGGAGAAGAGAACAGCGGAAGGGAAUACAGCUCUUCAUUACAGCGUCCUUCAUCACAAGCCAGAAUCUCUCAAGUUACUGCUCAAGGCAAAGGCAGCCUUUCACACAGUGAACUCAGGAGGAGAGUCGGCUCUGGAUGUUGCCAAGAGGCUGCAACACACACAAUGCAUCGAGCUGUUGGAGCUCGCCCAGAGUGGGAAGUUUAACUCUCAGAUCCAUGUGGAGUUCAUGUGGGAGACACAGUCCCAGGAGUUCUAUGACAGCGAGGAUGACCUGGAUGAGAGGGUGAGCCCUUUACCCAAAAACCGUUCUCCUCCAUCCUCGAAUGGAGGUGGUGGAUCUGGCUUUGCCCGCUGGAGUGGGAAUAAUGGUGCCAGUCCUGGCAGCAGGCCUUGUCAGACUUAUGAGAAUCUAGACUUCCUAUAUGGAAGUCCUCCUGGCAAUAGUGCCCCCUCUGGAGCCUCAAUGCCACCACCACUGCCAGCUAAAUCCAUCCAGAGAGGUCGCUCAGACCCCCAGAUUUCAAUCACAGCACAGGAAGGAAACCCUCUUCCACGACGCUGCUCUAACUCGGUCUCCCACUCGUCCAGUCCCAAGUCGCAGGCAAGACACAGCACACAUUCACCCAGUACAGACCACCAAGCUGGGAGAGCCCCGAAGUCUCCCCAUGGACAGGGAAGUCUGCUCAAGUCACAGAGGCAGACGUGGGAGGGCCAACCUAGUGCUAGUUCAGGGUCUCAGAAUCACAUCGGACCCGUCAGUUCAGAGAAGACAACGUCAUACCGUCGAACCAGCAGUGGAGGAGGCAGCCAGGGAAAGUGUGGCGUUUUGUCUCCGAGCUGUGUGGGCAGCCAGGAGGAGCUUUACUGCAGCUUAGUUGGGAAUAGUACUAGCCUGACCCUGGCCCCCGCUCCCGCACCUUCAUCCUCACCUGCCGUGACCUGUGCACCGCGACCCCGCAGGAACGCUAUGGUUUCUGGCAGUAGGCCACAUCAGAAGCGUGUCAAGGCUUUGGUGGACUGUAGAGCAGUCAGCUCCGAGCAGCUCGCCUUUUUUAAAGAUGAAAUCAUUGUGGUCACGGCCACUAAUGACCCCCACUGGUGGGUUGGCCACAUAGAGGGGGAGCCAUCCAGGAACGGCACCUUCCCUGUCAACUAUGUACACAAACUGACAGACUGAAGGGAAUGUACUUCAGAACAGUGGAACUGAAUCAUGUCAACCAUGGAAGAUUCUCAUCACAAAGUGGAAUUUCUCUACAAAGGAGGACAGUGUUAUUUUCAUGGAACUAACUCAAACCAGAAGGAUGGAGCAAACAGAGAAUAUUUCCACAUGAGGAUGUACUGGCCAAGGGACACCUGAAGAUGUAAAUGAUGCUGGUUAUGGGGGUUUAUCCCCCUUUUAACAUUUCCUAAUCCUAGAAGCCAACAAAGAAACUGAAAACCAUAAAGACUUUUAGCUCUGAACCACUAUUGAACGUUACAAAGGUAAAAAGCAUAGACGGUAGAAUCUGCUCUUAAUUCCAUUGAACUAUUAAUCACACGUUUGUGCAGCAGAUGCUGAAGUUUGUCUAUAUUAAUCUAGGAUUUGUACAUAGAGGCAAAACUUACCUGCAGGGCAAAACCCUUUAAGGCACUUUAAUCAGAAGAAAUCUUCUGAAGAGUUGGCAGAGCUGCUUUUUGUUCUCAGUGGAAAGUCUGUAGUCCUUUAAGUCACAGGAUACCGAGACUAAGAUAUGUGCUUCAAACGUGCCCAGUGUCUGCUGAGGCCUGCCUGCCCGUCCUGGGACAUGCCUGCCAGUCUGUCUACAACAAAAGCGGCAGGCGUCUGGGCAGCCCAAAGAGAGAUCUGAAACUUAAGCUCAGCCAUUUAGACUCUGGGCAUAGCUCACAGGCUGCACGGAGAGUGGAGGAUCCAAUUUCUUCUGGCUCCAGGCAACAAUCUCUGGAGAACCUGGAAUAAUGGUGGUGUUGGGCAAAAAAAUAAAAAGACUCUUUCUGUCCUACCAGGAAAUGGCACUUAAAGAGGGCUUGUUAGUAACAGCACCCCGCUGCAGUAAUUUGUUCAGUGAACGCACGCUCACGCUGUAGUGCCACGUUUCGCACCAGAUAUACACAAGCACACUUGCACUUAAUGUAGACACACAAACCUUUAAAAAAGAAAGCAGAGCUGGGAGCGAGAGAGGUGUCACUGUUCAACUUGUUAUACCAGAGAAAAAAAAUUUACAAAAUGUAACGCCUUUCACAGUUAUUCCAUCAGAUUUGUUGUACAUACUUAUCGCAAAUUGAUAUAUACUCAUGUACAGUAUAUAUCACUUGUGUCCUCAUCUGUUGUGCAUCAUAUAGGACUGUAUCAUUACAGAUGGUGUUAUUUCAUGUCAUUGAUGCCAUAUGCCCUCUUUGCUGUUUUAGUUUUAGUUGUCUAAAUGGCUGUCAGACAGAAAAGAGAACAGACAGUUGGAUAAUGUCUGACUAAACUAAAAAAAUCACCUACAGUGUUGAACAAAAACGGGCAGGUUUACUUCCUUGUAAACAAACCGGUCAAACCUGUUUCCUUGCCACUGUUUCUGCUGGUAUUGUUACAGUAUUGAUGUUUAAGAGGAUGUCAUUAGACUACAACUGUAAGUACGAGCUUAUUUCAUUCAGUAUAUUUGUAGCAUACUCAUUAAACAUGCUGAAUUAAAAUCAAUUUUGUCUUUUA